ACUGAGCAGUAAUCAAAUUUACCUGUCGAAGAAGUCUAUACAAAUCAAAAAUGUCUGACGUUGAACAAGAACAAAUUGUCGAAGAAGUUGCCGUUGAACAAGAAUCCGGUUCCAUUUCUAUCGAAGAUGCCUUAAAGGUUGUCUUAAGAACUUCCUUAGUUCACGAUGGUUUAGCUCGUGGUUUAAGAGAAGCUUCUAAGGCUUUAUCUAAGAGAGAAGCUCAAUUAUGUGUCUUAUGUGACUCUGUUACUGAAGAAUCCAUCAUUAAGUUGGUUGAAGCUUUAUGUAACGAACCAGAAGAAAAGAUCCCAUUGAUCAAGGUUUCCGAUGCCAAGUUAUUGGGUGAAUGGGCCGGUUUAUGUCAAUUAGACAGAGAAGGUAACGCCAGAAAGGUUGUUGGUGCUUCUUGUGUUGUUGUUAAGAACUGGGGUGCUGAUUCUGAAGAAAGAAACAUCUUAUUGGAACACUUUUCUCAACAAUAAAUGAUUUAGAUGAAUAGGUAUGAAUGAUGAUUCAUACUAUUUAUAAUCAUUAUUGAGCACGCAAUAGUGAAUUUGUAUUUGUAUAUCAAUUUAUAAUUUUUAAUCAAACGGUUUACUAUGGG